AUGAGGCUCCGGGGACGCGAUCCUCGCGCCGCCCCCUCCUCCAGCGCGGGGGUCGGCGACGCGCGGCGGCAGGCGCCCCCGGGGCGGAACCCUUUCGUGCACGAGCUGCGUUUGGGCGCCCUGCAGAAGGCCCAGGUCGCCGUCUUGACGCUGACGCUCUUCCCUGUCCGACUGCUGGUCGCCCUCCUCAUGAUGCUGCUCGCCUGGCCCCUGGCGCUCGUGUCUUCGCUGGGACCCGCGGGGCAGGAACCGGAGCAGCCGCCGGCGUUGUGGCGGAGGGUCGUGGACGUGCUGCUCAAGGCCAUCAUGCGCACCAUGUGGUUCGCGGGCGGCUUCCACCACGUGGCUGUGAAGGGGCGGAGGGCACUGCCCACCGAGGCCGCCAUCCUCGCCCUGGCUCCACACUCCUCCUACUUCGACGCCAUCCCUGUCACCAUGACGAUGUCUUCCGUCGUGAUGAAGGCGGAGAGCAGAGACAUCCCCAUAUGGGGAACUCUGAUAAAGUACAUACGGCCGGUGUUCGUGUCCCGGGCAGACCAGGACUCCCGCAGGAAGACGGUGGAGGAAAUCAGGAGGCGGGCGCAGUCCGGCGGGAAGUGGCCACAGAUAAUGAUUUUUCCAGAAGGCACCUGUACCAAUAGGACGUGCUUAAUCACCUUCAAGCCUGGUGCGUUCAUCCCGGGCGUUCCCGUCCAGCCCGUGGUUUUGCGGUACCCGAACAAACUGGACACCAUCACGUGGACAUGGCGAGGCCCGGGAGCGUUGAAAAUCCUGUGGCUGACGCUGUGCCAGUUUCACAAUCAAGUGGAAAUUGAGUUCCUUCCGGUGUACACGCCCUCGGAGGAGGAGAAGAAGAACCCCGCCCUAUAUGCCAGAAACGUGCGCCGCAUGAUGGCAGAGGCCCUGGGCAUCUCCGUGACCGACUACACGUUUGAGGACUGCCAGCUGGCCCUGGCGGAAGGCCAGCUCCGUCUCCCCGCCGACACCUGUCUUCUGGAGUUUGCCCGGCUGCUCAGGGGUCUGGGACUAAAACCAGAAAAACUUGAACAGGAUCUCGACAGGCAUGCAGAAAGCGCCAGAAUGAAGCAGGGCAGGAGGGUGACGCUCCCUGAGUUCGCAGCGCAGCUGGGGGUCCCCGAGUCCGAGUCGCUGGAGGACCUGUUCUCCCUGUUUGAUGAGGGUGGCGGCGGGGAGGUGGACCUACGCGAGUACGUGGUCGCCCUGUCUGUCGUCUGCCGGCCGGCCCGGACCCUGGACACCAUCCAGCUGGCGUUCAAGAUGUACGGGUCACAGGACGGCAGCGUCGACGAGCAUGCCCUGUCCAGCAUCCUCAAGACCGCCUUGGGGGUGGCCGAGCUGACGGUGACCGACCUCUUCCGGGCCAUAGACCAAGAACAGAAGGGCAGGAUCGCGUUUGCUGACUUCGAGAGCUUCGCGGAAGCGAACCCCAAUUUCGCGGAGGAAUACCUGUACCCCGAGCAGACGCACCUUCGGAGCUGCGCCCGGACGCCCCCGGCUCCCACCCCCAACGGCUUCUGCGCCGAUUUCAGCCCCGAAAACUCAGCCGUUGGGACGGAGCCUGUUCACAAGAAGCUGGACUAG